AUUGGCACACACGCGGACACACCACAGGCGCGCAAGCCCAACCGAUCGAGCAGCUCUAGCAUGGCGAGCGGCGGCUACUACUACGACCAGAGCGCGGGCUACGGCGGCUACAGCUACUCGGCGGCGCCGAGGACGACGCCGUCCCACCUCCUGGUGUUCCUGGCCACCGUGGCGCUGCUGGGCGCCACGUCGCUCUACUCGCGCUACGAGUCCGCGGUGGAGAGCCUGGUGGACCAGGUGCGGUUCGCCGUGGUGCUGUCCCCGCUGCUGCUCCUGCUCGCGGUCCAGUACUGGGCGGCCACGGCCGGGUCCCGGCGGCCCCGGGGCGGCGCCCUCCCGUCGCUGCUGGCCGGGGACCAGCCCUCCUGGUACGCCGGCGGCGGCGGAUGGGGCCAGCGGGACGGCGCGUCGUCGUCGCCGUGGGGCGUGGCGCUCGCGCUCGCCCUGGUGCUGCUCCUCGUCUCCUACCAGUCGUGCUUCCGCGACAUGUGGUUCCCGCUGGUCACCCGCCGGUGAGCUCACCUCAGUCCAGGCCAGGCCCUUCUGGCGGCAUGUAUCACCAGCUUCUUGCAGUGCCGCUGGACGGAGAUGGAGGAGAAUCAUCAAACACCAGAUAGGAUGCUGCUGUUAGCAAGUGGAGGCGGUGUGGCAUCGAUAAACACACUCGCUGUUCGUCUACACGGGCUGCGAUCAAUAUAGUAGUAUAGUGUAGUUAUUGUAAUAAUAGAAUACUGAAUACUACUAAUUAAAAAAAGGGAAAAUGGCAGACAAUUCUUGC